UCCCAAGGUUCCUUUCAAUGUUUAUAUCAUUUAGCAGGGAAGGAUUGUUAAUGACUAAUCUGUGUCCAUGAGGCACAGAGCCAAGGGAAGAGAUGCUUCAACUAGGGCCGGAAGGCUGCCUGUGAUCAUCCACGGCUUUUGCUGGAACUCUCUCCUCCUCCUCCUCACCCCCCUGUUUCCUCAACUCACCCUAGUGUGAAAUCAAAUUCUGAGCAUUUUUAGCAAAGUUUCUUGGGAUUUGGAGAGGUGGACCGGACUCAAAAUUCUUCCAGGACCUUGGAUGUUCAUCUCUUACCCAAAACAAUCCAAGAGGUAGAGAACAUCUUGGGAAGAAGGAAGGAAGAAAAGAAGACUUAGUGAUAUAACUCAAAGUGAGCACUGCUUCUCUUGGACUUAGUCUGGAAAUUUCCUCAGGAUGAAACUUCAGACGUUUCGGGUUUUUAUUUGAAGACCACCAUGAUGAAAGUGCAUUCUCAAAUUGAAAAGUUUGAAUGGGAACAAAAAUAAAUCUUAUUGAACACUCCCAUAUACCAGCCAUGGAUGAAUUUUCUCUUUCUGAAAAUGUAUUUGGUAUGAUAACAGAACAAGCAUCAGGUCCACUGGGACAGAAUCUAGAUGUGGAGCCAUAUUCACAAUACAACAAUGUUCAGUUUCCCCAAGUUCAACCACAGAUUUCCUCAUCAUCCUAUUAUUCCAACCUGGGUGUCUACCCCCAGCAGCCUGAAGAGUGGUAUUCUCCUGGAAUAUAUGAACUCAGACGAAUGCCAGCUGAGACUCUGUACCAGGGAGAGACUGAGAUGGCAGAGAUGCCUGUAACAAAGAAGCCCCGAAUGGGUACAUCUGCAGGGAGAAUUAAAGGGGAUGAGCUGUGUGUUGUUUGUGGAGACAGAGCAUCUGGAUACCAUUACAAUGCACUGACCUGUGAGGGGUGCAAAGGUUUCUUCAGGAGAAGCAUUACCAAAAAUGCUGUGUACAAGUGUAAAAACGGGGGCAACUGUGUGAUGGAUAUGUACAUGCGAAGGAAGUGCCAGGAAUGUCGGCUAAGGAAGUGCAAAGAGAUGGGAAUGUUGGCUGAAUGUAUGUAUACAGGCUUGUUAACUGAAAUUCAGUGUAAAUCUAAACGACUGAGAAAAAAUGUGAAGCAGUAUGCAGAUCAGACCAUUAAUGAGGACAGUGAAGGACGGGACUUGCGACAAGUGACCUCAACGACUAAGUCAUGCAGGGAGAAAAAUGAACUCACCCCAGAUCAACAGAAUCUUCUACAUUAUAUUAUGGAUUCAUAUAGCAAACAGAGGAUGCCUCAGGAAAUCACAAAUAAAAUUUUAAAGGAAGAAUUCAGUGCAGAAGAAAAUUUUCUCAUUUUAACAGAAAUGGCUACCACUCAUGUACAGAUUCUUGUAGAAUUCACAAAAAAACUUCCAGGAUUUCAGACUUUGGACCAUGAAGACCAAAUUGCUUUGCUAAAAGGGUCUGCGGUUGAAGCUAUGUUCCUCCGGUCAGCUGAGAUUUUCAAUAAGAAACUGCCAGCUGGACAUGCUGACCUAUUGGAAGAAAGAAUUCGGAAGAGUGGUAUCUCUGAUGACUAUAUCACACCUAUGUUUAGUUUUUAUAAAAGUAUUGGGGAAUUGAAAAUGACUCAAGAAGAGUAUGCUCUGCUUACGGCAAUUGUUAUCCUCUCUCCAGAUAGACAAUACAUAAAGGAUAGAGAGGCAGUGGAGAAACUUCAGGAACCACUGCUCGAUGUGUUACAAAAACUGUGCAAGAUUCAUCAGCCUGAAAAUCCUCAGCAUUUUGCCUGUCUUCUGGGUCGCCUGACGGAAUUGCGGACAUUCAACCAUCACCACGCAGAGAUGCUGAUGUCAUGGAGAGUGAACGAUCACAAGUUCACCCCACUGCUCUGUGAAAUCUGGGAUGUGCAGUGUUGAGCUCCUUUCCCCGCCCUGUGAUAUAAAUCUGAUGUACGACUUCCCUUUAUUUCAUUUGUACCUGGUUUCACUCAAAAAUCUUGAUGAAUAUUUAUGCAGUAAUUAUAUAACUUCCACAGCUGUAAAUAUGAGGUUAGAUAGAAUUACUUCUCUAUAUUAUAUUUUACAAGGCUUCAGGGAAUCCUACUUUCUAAUUGGCAUGCCCUGUUGCCUAAUUAAAUUGAUUGUCACUUCUAUUCUGUCUGUUGAACUGGGGGAAACCCCAUUUUGCUCUUUCUCUUACUCUAUUGCUUAUACUUUGUUAAAGAGUUGUGUUCAAUUUUAGCAAUAAACUGAACAUAAUGGCAAAA